AUGACAAGAAAGGGAGAUGUUUUAAGUGUGCUACUAAUCCUCAUAAUGUGGUUCUCACAAGGUGUUAAGGGGGUGAAAUUCUUCAAUGUUAAAGAUUUUGGUGCUAUUGGUGAUGACCAUUUUGAUUCUACAAAGGCCUUUCAGAGCUCGUGGAAUGAAGCAUGCAAAUGGAGGGAGAAAGCGGUAAUUGAAAUCCCACGUGGGAAUUACUUGUUGAGAAAUCUAUUGUUUCAAGGCCCAUGUAUGGGCCCAAUAAAUUUCCAUAAUUCAGGCACUCUGAAGGCCCAUAAAAUCAAUCUUGGGCUCAACUAUUGGGUUGAGUUUAGAUAUGUAGAUGGAUUGGCUAUCAAUGGUGGUGGGUACUUUGAUGGGCAAGGCUCAGAAUCAUGGCUCAAGAUCAUGGAAGACACAACCCCCAUGAACUUCCUCCCUAUAACAUUGAUGUUAGAUUUUGCAAACAAUACAAGGAUUGAAAACAUGAAUUUCAUCAACAGCAAAGGUAGCCACAUCAAACUAAAUGGGUGCAAAAAUAUUAGUGUUAACCAAAUUACGAUUUUAGCCCCUGAAAAUAGCCCUAACACUGAUGGGAUCAACAUUGCCCUCUCAAGGCAAAUCCAAGUAUCAAAUUCCAAGAUUUCUACGGGAGAUGAUUGUAUUUCAAUCCUUCCUGGAACCGAAGAUGUUAACAUCACCGGCACUCGUUGCGGGCCGGGCCAUGGGAUUAGUAUCGGAAGCAUGGGUUUGGAUCCAAAUGAGCUUGCCGUUAAGGGAGUGAAUGUAAAGAAUUGUAACUUCACUAAUACCCAAAAUGGUGUAAGGAUUAAGACAUGGGCUACUAAAAAUAUUGGCAAAGUUGCUCACAUUUCAUUUGAGAGCAUUGUUGUUAACAAUGCAAGCAAUCCUAUCAUCAUUGAUCAGAAUUAUUGUCCGUCACAUCAAUGUCCUAAGGGGGAUUCUCAUAUUCAAAUUAACGACGUGAAAUUCGUGGAUAUAAUGGGAGUUUCACAGACGUAUGUUGCGGUUAAUUUUAGAUGUAGUAAAUACAAACCAUGUGAAGUUGAGACAAGGAAUAUAAAUUUGAAGUAUGGAAGCAAUAAAGGACCAACAAUUUCAUCAUGUUUCAACGUCAAGGGCGUUGCUUCUGGUUACCAAAAGCCACCUUCCUGUAUUUCUUAG